GAGUGUACGGAUCGAGAGACAAGUGUCGUGCUAAAUAAUCCGAGUCAUCGGCGCCAAAACAGUGCGAAUUUACAAACCUGUAACCGGCUCGUGAUCAUUAGCGGCGCCCAAGAAUGUUAACAGCCGUCGAGAAACGCGAUCUUUCGACGACCGAGUCUAAAACUCGCUCCACGAAGUGAGAGAAAAUUUCUGUCUCGGUUAAAAUUUUUUUUUUUUAUUCAAACCCUUGUCGACGCAUCGUCUUUGCGAGUUUCUCGAUAAAAGAGAGAAAGAGACGUGGACUUGAUGAUAAUUACGGAUAAUGGGAACGGCGGGUCUUCCAUUGCACGCGAGCCGAGCUCCGGCGAACUCGAAGACAAGAUCGACAAAGAAGAGAAAAGGAGAUCCGGACUGAUCUCUCGACAUCACACGGACCCGCCCACAACAGAACCGAGGAAUCAAUGUGUCCAACGAGAAGAGCGACGGAGUUAGAGGUUCAACAAGCAGCUCCGAAAUCUCGAGAUCAGAGGGCAAGGAUGCUCCGAGAUCUCACUGAAAUUAGUGUCCCGAGGAUAAUUAUUUCGAAUAGAGUCAUCUCUACGCUUGAUCGGUCCGACAAGGAAAUCCGAAGAUGACGGAUCCACCUCGACAUGUCUGUCGAGGUCAACCAAUGAUUUGCCCAGGACCAUGCAAUCCGUUAAGAGCACAUCAUCAACACCACCAUCAUCAUCAUCAUCGUCAUCGUCGUCAGAAAUACGUCGAUGCGACUAGUGUUACCACAUCAAGAAAGAAUAUAUCCUUCGUGACGGAUGAAUUUAGCCCGAUGUUGCUGAAACCUUUAAAGGCAGAUAUCCCCGGCACAUCCGCAAUCUCGACGGACGACGAAUCGACUUCCAAAACGUCAUCUUUCGCCAGGAUCGCUCUGAUUAAAGUCUCUUCUAUCCCGAAAACUACUCCUCGACCCGAAAAAAUAGACAUUCCUGCGAUCAUGCGAAAGAUCUUGUCGCAAAGAAAGUUAGAAGUGGUCGGAGAACCGUCGACGAGCGAAUCGCCGUUUUUGAGAAAAAUCGAUUCGACGAGACCGGAAUCCCUUCCGCAGCAGAGAAUUGUUGAAAUAGCGGCCUAUCGAGUACCGAGGACUCUGAAGGACGUGAAAUGUAUAGUUACGAAGAGACUGAACGGAUUGAUAUCGAAAGUAGUGUCCUCUCUUUUUUUGUAUCUGAUGAUUUUCAUAAUUUAUGCAGGAAUUCACGUAUUAUUAGCCGUGAUCACAUGGCGAACAUCUGCCUAUCAAUAUUUCGCGUCUAGUCAAAUUUGCGGGAUUCUCGCGUUUCUUAUGUGGAGAAUAACUGGUAAUAUAUUAAUCUGAGCUACUGCGAGUCGCGCGCAAGUAGAUAUUACAUGGAGAUAAUGCUGUGCAAACAAAUAUCGAAAUUUAUUAACGUGUGUUUCAUAUACUAAUUUAUCACAAUUACAUAUAUGGAGACAACAUCUGCGUCCCAUUGAAGCGAGAAUUGAUUAAUUGGCGAUUAGUACGAAAUUGAUGAGCCCUAUACAAUUUAGAAAGUAUGAGAUUUGAAUAUUAAAGAUUCCAACAAAGAUAACUCUGAUCCACUAACAAUUUAAAAGAUCGGGGAUGGAUUCUUAAUUUGUCUCGAUUUGUAAUGUUGGAUAAUAUCGUGACUAAUGAUAUUUCGCUACUGAAAAAACUAUUACGUUUCAUAAGUUUUUUAGUGCCUAUAUUUAGAAAGUUCGAUGAGUGC